AUGAGAGCACAUACAUUGCUGAAGAUAAGUAUGAACUUCUUGCUUCUAUACCUGGGAGCUUGUUUAUCAGUACUAGCGAGCGCGAAGGAACCUGCAGCGCAACAGAAUUCAUAUGUAUGCCGUCUAGGGAAAUGUGUGCAGGUCAAAACUGCAGAGCUAAGACAACAAGGAGUGCGAAAGAGUUUCGCUAACAGAGGAGAAUGCGAAAAAAAUUGCCGCCCCCACAAUUAG